UGCCGUUCAAACAGGAGGCAUGGGACUGUGGAGUCAUCGAGGGGGGGAAACUCUUCUCUACGACUCACCACAACACCUCAAACCAAAGGGAGGAAGUCAUUUCUAACUGAAGAUGUUUAAUGGAACUUAUAUUACUCAUUUUUACUCAGUAAAGGACCGGAAGAGAGACAACUUAAAUGACAACUGAAGUUAUCCGUGCUCUUUUGAUACCUAGGGCAAAGUGCCACACCUUCGCUUAGCGCAACAGCUCCACGACACAGCUGGCCAAAUGGGGUGCCAAUGCUGCAGGAUGAUAAAAAGCUACAUCUACGACCCUUCCGUGGCGGUAGAUGUGAGGAAGACUGACUCUGCAGGCAGCUCGCUCUACCAGCCCAACUACCUCCCAGGCGGGGCUCCCAGCAGCGACCCAAUUAACAGCCACAACAAGCAGAAGCAGGGCUUCCACAACCUGGGCUACAGCAAGACCAGUGACAGCACCCUCAAACUAGAGGAGGACAACAACCACGUCAACUACAGGUUGCACUCUGCACCUUCAUUUACGAGGGAGCAGCACCAGCAGGUCAAUGCUCCACCUGCAGAGGGGGGGCUAUACAUCAUCCAGCCAGAAGCUCUGGGGCCGCGAUGGGUAAUGCAGGAUAAAAGCCAGAGCCAGGUGCCGGUUUACCCCAACAUACAAGAUUUUGACAAACAGAAAAGCUACGGCGAGCGAGGACACAGAGUGACAGAGAACGGGUGGGACAGCGCCAUCACUAAGUGCGUGAGCAGCAAUGAAAGCCUGUCAGCAGAUGAGAUAGACGAAGGCGUGGGAGGGACACCGGAGUACCCGUGUGACACCGGGGAUGAGGGGAGCAUCCUGUCAGUGGACAUCCACACCAGCACCACCAGCCUGUCCUCAGCCGACACCAGAGACAACCACAGACUGCCAAAAACUCCGGACGUUUCCACAGUCGAGAGCGGGAUCUCUGUGACAAAGAGCGAGGAUGAGGAGGAGGCAAGGAAUGAAGAGGAGGUGCAGAGCGUCACAGACUCAAUGGUGGCGGAGGCCCUCGCUGCUCUGGAGGCCGCCACUGCCGGGGAGGACUGUGAGUGACAUGUCGAGCUCUGUGCUUUCUCUCAUUUGUCUCUUUGAAACUCAGACUUCAACGCAGAUUGACACAGCGUUCAAAACCACAACGAGACUUCACCACAGUUCAGAAUGAAGGAAAACUCUGUUUACAAAACUACAGAUUUUAUUUCAAUUCGAAGCCUUGGAUAUUUUUUCUAUGGUGGUCACACAGACAGAAGAGAAUGUCUGCCUUGUGAAGUAGGCAACAUUUCCAAAGCUGCGAGGUUUGCUUAAUGCCACAAAUGAAGAGACAUCAGUGUGUAGACUGUGAAUACUGCCUGCAGCCAUAUCAGCCUGUUAGCCCUUUUGAAUAUAGUGUAUUUAACACUCCACAGUCCUAAUAAGCCUGUGUGUACUCAUUCACUGACAUGUCAGUACAGCGCUACAUGUUGCUUUUAUCACAUUUUUAGCCUCAUUUUGGAGCAUAGCUGUGCUAAAUGUUAGCAUAGACUCAAUUAUUUACUUUCCUGCUUGCCAUGGCUUGCUGUCUCUUCAGGAAUGUUGCCCUUCUUUCAUCAAGUAGUUGAAAGAGGAAAGGUCAUUGCUCUAUUAUUAUUUUUUAUAUGCUACCCAUGUUUUUGUUUAUAUUCUGUCCUCUUUUAUUAUUUAUAAUAUCUUCACUCACCUCAUAUUUUGAUUUAUUGUGAGUAGAAACUGAAGGUUGUUGAAGACCUGAGCAGAGGAGAGCGAGGAAGCGGUCUUUAUUUAUAAUAUAUAUAUAUAUAUAUAUAUAUAUAUAUAUAUAUAUAUAUAUAUAUAUAUAUAUAUAUAUCCGCUUAUGUUUUGGCACGGAUUUCAUCAAAAUGAAGAAGAAUUAAUAUUGUAUUCACUUGGAAAUUUAGUUAAUUUGUUUACACACUUUUUUGUGUCAUGUGCACACUCAAAUUUUUAAUUUUUAAUCAAUGAUUCGUGUCUGUUAUGAAGAUUAUUUCUGUGCACAUCAUUACUGUGUGAGAAUUAUUGAUGAAUCAUUUGUCAUGAGUCGACAUGAAGAAGAGCUAUGCACAUUUAAAUUCCCAAACAGUAAAAUGUAAAAAAAAAAAAAGCCACAUGUACAUUUCACUGAUAGCGCCUUAGUUUCUGCAGUUUUCCAUCCUCAUCUGAUCUUUGAGCCUAACAAGACCAGCUAAGGUCAGAUCAUUAGUGAAUAAACAACUGAGGGGCCAUGAAAAAAAGAGAGAAAUUAUAGGUCAGGAUUUGUGUUUCCAGUCUGGCCUGUGACAUUAGUUCAAUCUGGAGCACGCUUACGUGCCUUAAAACGAACUAAUUGAGGCUGGAUGGUGCAGAGGGAAAAAAAAUGGAUAUGAGCUUUGUGAAGAGUAUGUUCACGCUAAAAAAAAGUUAAAAAAAGAAGCUGUUUUUCUUAAUGAAGUUCUGCAACUUUCCUUUUCAGUCAUUGUUUGCCUGCCAAAUCAUUUCUACUUAUAUUUGUAUUAUAAAAUAAAGAAAUGUACUUUAAAAAAAA